AUCGACUUACAACUCUAUAUAAGGACACAUGCAAGAUAUGAUGAGAGAUAGAGAGAAUUAUAGGCUUAUUUCUAGUUGAAGGGUUUAUUGAGGAAGAGAAGAACUGAUUCAUGGCUGACUUGCCGGUCUCAUGGUUAUGUGAUCUGGGAAUGGAAGAUCCAAUGUUCGUGGAUCCCUGCGACUUCAUGGCCUCCAUGGACGAAGAAUUCUUCAACAUUCCAAACAACAGCUCCACCACCAACUUAUCCUCUGCUUCAAUAUCAUCAAACACGGACUUAGCUCCUCAAAUAUUCGACGAAUUACGGCCUUCAAAGCAGUACCACAUGGCCAAAACCUUCACUUCUCCAUCUUCUGGAUUCAUUCUCUCUUUUGGAAACUCGAGUAAUAAUCCAUCAGAAAACCCUCAACAAGCACCGAUGAAUCUCGAGGACGAGGUGGUAUCGAGUUUUUUGAUAUCUCAACAACGGUCGUCGUUUGUGAACCAUGAGGAGGGAAUUACGAAAAGUGGGAGAUUAGGGAUGAAGAGGAAGAGCAGUGGAAGCAGUAGCAGUAAUCCAAGGCCGCGGUCGCACGCUUAUGAUCACAUAAUAGCAGAGAGAAAGAGGAGGGAGCAGCUCACCCAGCUGUUUGUGGCUCUUUCAGGCAUUGUGCCUGGCCUCAAGAAGAUGGACAAGACCUCUGUCCUGGGAGAGGCCGUGAAGUACUUAAAACAACUCCAAGAGAGAGUGAAAAAACUCGAGGAGCAAUCCCCAAAGGAAAAAACAAUGGAGUCAGUGGUACUGGUUAAGAAAUCGCAGCUCUCGUUCGGAGACGACGAGUCCUGUUCCGAUGAGAAAUUUACUGGUGGGUCCAAUAUUAAGCCGUUACCCGAGAUUGAGGCCAGAGUUUGCAACAAGGACGUCCUUUUAAGGAUCCAUUGUGAGAAGCACAAGGGAGUUUUGGCCAAGUUGCUUCUUGAGCUGGAGAAGCUCGACUUGGUUGUUGUCAAUACCAGUGUGGCGCGGUUUGGAAGCUUGGCUCUUGACAUUACCAUUAUUGCUGAGAUGGAAACAGAAUUCCAGAUGACAGUAAAAGACUUGGUGAAAAGACUUCGUCCGGCUAUACAGCAGUACUUCAUGUAAAUAUAGCUUGAAUGAAGACUCAGCACAACAACAAAUGUAUCAAAGUUUGCAGGCUGUCAUCCUUUGUAUCGUAGUUUUUUCAUUAUGGCUAGCUCCUGACGGAAAAAAAAGAGAAGAAAACCAGGGCCAAGGGGGAUCCCAAAACUUUAUCCAAGCGGGCAAAGGGGCUGAGGGGGAUCCCAAAACUUGACCCUAGUAGGUGAGCCGGCUGCCCCUAGGCGUUCGGUCUGAUUGUUACAUUACUUUAGCCAUCACAAACCAUGAGUACAAUCGCAUGGCGUCGUGAUGAAGCUGCCAGGGAUGAACCUAAUGAUUGGCUGUAUGGGUCAUAGCCCCUCCCUAAGCAAAUAAUAGUCGCCAUACGGUCCCUAAACCAAUUAUGUAUACAUAUGAGUUGCAAUAGGUUUGGCCUCCACCCUGUGUGAAUUAAAUUUUUGAUGGACCGUUAAUUUGUUUUUGUCUAUUAAGAUGGAAAUUUUUUU